UUCCCCUGUUUUCAAUCCAGCACACUCAGAGAGACCAUUUCUCUCUCCACCGUACCUUUCUUUCUCUCUCUCUCUCUCUCUCCACCAUGGUUCUGUCCAAUACCGCCUCUUCUGGCUCCGAGAGUGACCUUUCCAUUCACUCAACCUUUGCUUCCCGCUAUGUCAGGACCUCACUUCCCAGGUUCAAGAUGCCUCAAGAGUCAAUACCGAAGGAGGCAGCAUACCAGAUCAUAAAUGAUGAGUUGAUGCUGGAUGGAAACCCAAGAUUGAAUCUAGCAUCAUUUGUGACCACUUGGAUGGAGCCUGAGUGUGACAAGCUCAUCAUGGCUUCCAUUAACAAGAACUAUGUUGACAUGGAUGAGUACCCUGUUACCACCGAGCUUCAGAAUCGGUGUGUGAACAUGAUAGCACAUCUUUUUAAUGCACCACUUGGAGACUCUGAUACUGCAGUUGGUGUUGGCACUGUUGGCUCAUCAGAGGCCAUAAUGUUGGCUGGAUUGGCAUUCAAAAGAACGUGGCAGAACAGAAGGAAAGCAGAGGGAAAACCCCAUGACAAGCCCAACAUUGUCACCGGAGCCAACGUUCAGGUUUGCUGGGAGAAAUUUGCAAGAUACUUUGAGGUGGAGUUGAAAGAGGUGAAGCUGAGUGAGGGAUACUAUGUAAUGGACCCUCAAAAGGCUGUGGAUUUGGUAGAUGAGAACACCAUUUGUGUUGCUGCUAUUCUUGGUUCCACAUUAAAUGGAGAGUUUGAAGAUGUCAAGCGCUUAAAUGAUCUUCUAAUUGAAAAGAACAAGGAAACUGGAUGGGACACUCCUAUUCAUGUUGAUGCAGCUAGUGGCGGCUUCAUUGCCCCGUUUAUUUAUCCAGAGCUUGAGUGGGACUUUCGCUUACCACUAGUGAAGAGCAUCAACGUUAGUGGCCACAAGUAUGGUCUAGUCUAUGCUGGAAUUGGUUGGGUUAUCUGGAGAAACAAGGAGGACUUGCCUGAGGAACUCAUCUUCCAUAUCAACUAUCUCGGAGCUGAUCAACCCACCUUCACCCUCAACUUCUCCAAAGGUUCUAGCCAAAUCAUAGCUCAAUACUACCAACUAAUUCGCCUUGGUUAUGAGGGCUAUAAACAUGUGAUGGAAAACUGCAGAGACAACAUGUUAGUACUAAAAGAGGGGCUUCAAAAAACUGGUCGCUUUGAAAUUGUGUCCAAAGACAAUGGUGUGCCUCUGGUGGCCUUCACACUGAAGGACCACACACACUAUAAUGAAUUCCAAAUCUCAGACUCGCUGAGGCGCUUCGGGUGGAUAGUGCCGGCAUACAGCAUGCCCCCAAAUACUCAGCACGUGACCGUGGUCCGUGUAGUCAUUAGGGAGGACUUCUCAAGGACCCUAGCAGAGCGUCUUGUGGCUGAUAUUGAGAAAGUGCUGCACGAGCUUGAUUCACUCCCUGCAAGGGUGAUAAGUAGCACCACUGUGACUGUUACCGGAGAAGAAGAUGUGAACAAGAAUGGGAAGGUUAAGAAGAGUGCUAUUGAGACACAGAGGGAAAUCACUACACUUUGGAAGAAUUUUGUGUUGGAAAGGAAGAAGCUGAAUGACAAGAUGAGUGUUGUUUGUUAAGAGAGUUAUUCAAAUGGAAACAUGGGUGUGUGUUGAAUCUAUGUCUGAGUUAAUGGCAGUUAGUACAUUGGAUUGAGUCGAGCAAUUUCUCUGCUUCCAGUUAAUUGCUCAAUGGAAAAACCAAAUUGUGUUUUCAUCUCGAUGAGAGCAUGACUUGCUUUAUUUUUAAAGAGUGAAUCAUAUUUAAUAAGGGUUUUGAUACAUUCAUACUUCA